UUAAUCUUUUUAUUAUAUCAUUAUUUUCGUUGUGUUUUGACUGUGUUGAAUAAUGGCGCGAUAGUUUGAAUGUAAUGUACUUUUGUCUGCUAAAUGUUGAUAACCAAUCAGAGCAAUAAGCACAGUAUACUUCUAACCGCCUUUUGUUUUCACAUAAUGUGGUUAUACUGUGCUUUCCGAGAUCGCUAAAAUGUCGAUUUCUUUGAAAGUUAUUACGCCUUUUAAGUCAUUUUUAGAAGCAAAAUAGCAUUUGAUAUCGUGCAAUUUUUUACAACUAAUAUUCGUAAUGGAUUUGUUAUAAACCAACACAAUUUUUGAUUAUGGAUGAAGGUGACGUGAUAUUAGAUAUUACAAAUACUAGGAAGGUUGUUUGGUUCAUUCAAUCUGAAAUGAAUAAUGCACAAUUUAUCAUGGUAAUUUUAAAAGAUCAACUAUCUUUUUCUGCAGACAGCACUAGGAGUUACCAUUCAAGCAAUAUUUUGUGAUGGAAAUGGACGGUUCGAAAUGCAGAAGAUAAACUUGAAUCCGCAAGACAAAGAGAGCUUAAUCAAAGCGGAUCGAUCAUGAUGAGCAGCAAAUAGAGCAAUUGAAAUCAUCUCGAAAUGUUAAGAUGGCGGUUGGUCAGAAAGAAGGUGAAAUCGGUAAAGCCAGACGUGAAGUAGGAGCAAUCGCGAAGGAUAUUCAGACAGUUCAGAAACAGAUUAAAACGAAAAUUGAAAAAAAAAAUUGAACGGCAUAGUAUUCUGAUGCAAUGCAAGCUUUCCAUCUGCCUCCAUUUUUCGUCAUGGAAAUCAGUGCAGUCCUUGAUAAUACUAAAAGCGAGUUAUACAGUUGUGAGAAAACGACUUUACUGCAGACGAUUGUUAUAUAAUUGAAAGAAAAAUUUUAUUUGCACGUAGAUGCACCUAUUGGAAUUUGUCCAGAUUGCUUAUGUAAUAUUACUUUUCAUCGGAGAUCAUAACAAGGAGAAAAGUUUUAAAAGGGAAAUAGGAGAGAGAGGCAGCAGUCGGUAUGCAAUAGAUGGCAAGAUUGUAGACUAUAAUUAUUACAUGAGUGAAUUGAAUGUACUUAAUUUAAACAUUAAAGCAAACAAUUUUUUGAUGCCGCAAGGGUAUAUUCAUAAUUUUGCAAAUAUUUUGCCAAGAGAAUUGACUGCAUUGUUAGAAAAAUUUAGUGGUUCCAACAUCUACAAAGCUGAUUAUGAGAGAUUACAAUUAGAGCUCUCAAAAGUAACAAAAGAGAUACAGUUUAUGUAUCAAAAAAAGAAAUACUUAUUAAGUCAAAAAAAAUCUGCUGUGGCAGAACAGAAAGAAGAAGAAAAAUAUUUACAAUUGCAAAAACAAUACAUGAAAGAAAAAUCGAAGUCUGAAAUAAUUAAGUUAAUUUUCAUUACAAAAAUUAUUGCAUCUUAAAAAAAGAAAAGGAAUGUGUUAAAUUAGAAAUGGAUAAACACUUGCAGAGUAAGGAAACUUCAGUGUCAUCAUUAAAACGAAUUGAAUUACAAGUUAAUUCAUUAUCUGAUUCUUUGAAAAAAUUGGAAGAGGAUAUUUUGCAACUCGAAAAGAAUUUUCAAGAAAAGACUUUUCAAAAUGUUAUUUUAAAAGAUAAUAUUUUAUAUUUUCAAGAAAAACGUACUUCUGCUUACACAUCAUUGGAAAGUGUAAAUAAUAUGAAUAACGCACGUGAAAAAACUAUACAAGAACUUAGAGAUGAAUUAGAAUCUCUAAAUAAGAAGUUAACAGAGUUUGAAAUAAUUCUGGAAAGCAUUGCAUUAGACCACGAGCAGGUCAAUCGUUACAUGAUUUUGACGACGAAAGUGGAGUGUCUAUUAAAAGAGUCUUUAGAUCAUAUAAAUAAUAAGAUGCAUGACAGGCAGACGGAUCAAUAUAAACUUGAUAAUGAGAACAGGCGUAGAGAAGAGAUUAUAAUUGAACAAAAAAGAGAGAAAUUAGAAAAAGAAAAUUUUCAAAUACGAUUUGGAAAAUUACAAACUUUAAGUGAUCUUUUUAAAUCAAGUUUAGAAAAAAAAAUAGCAGAAAAGCAAAUAUUGCAAAAGAGAAUCUCUGACAUAGAGGCAAAAAAUACUAAUAUUAUAAAGAUUUCAAAUAAACUGGCUCUGAUUGAGAUAGACAAUGAUAUUAUUUUACAAUUAGAGAAGAAAGUUGCAGUAAUCAAAAAUUUAAAAGAAGUUUUUCCAGGCGUGUACGAUCGCUUAUCGAAUCUUUUCAAGCCUAUUCAUUCUCGUUAUAAUGUCGCUGUAACCAAAGCAUUCGGCAUAUAUAUGGAUUCUAUUGUCGUUGAUACUCAAGAUACGGCAAGAAAAUGUAUUUAUUUUUUAAAGCAAUACAAACUUGGGAGGGAAAAAUUUUUACCACUGGAUACGAUAAAGUCGAAAUUUCCAAAUGAAAAAUUACGUACUGAACUGGAAGAUACAAACAUUAAAUUAUUGUUCGAUGUAUUAAAAAUAUCAUCUACGCAGAUAAAUAAGGCAGUUUUACAUGUUAUUGCAGACAUUUUAGUUUGCGAGACUGCUACAGAAGCAAGCAAAAAAGCAUUUGAAAGUGAUUGUGUUUCAUUAGAUGGAUGUUUUUUUCAUAAAAGUGGUAUUAUAUCUGGAGGAUUGACUGAUCUUGCUAAAAAAGCAAAACUUUCAACUAUAUCUGUACUGAAAGAACAAAAGGAACAAUUAAAGCAAGAAUUAAAAGAUUUGCCUAAUAUAACUCGUAUGCAAUUUGAUCUUGAUACAAUUAAUAAGGACAUAAAUCAACUUAUUGCUAGAAAUGAAGUCAUUGAGGAAGAUAUAAAAGAAACUAAAGAAAAAAUUUUGACACAAGAUAUAAAAUUAAACGAUCUUGAUAAGAAGUUAAGUUCACAAGAUAUAAUAAUAUCAGGAAUUCGAAAUAAUAUACAGGAAAAAAAUAAAGAAAUUAAAAUUAGAGAGAGAGAUAAUAAUAAAAUUAAAAGCAAAAUGUUUGAUGAUUUUUGUAAAGAGAAUAAUUUACCGGAUAUUACAUAUUAUGAGAAUAAUUUAUGCUUAUAUAAAAAGCAAGAGAAUAAAAAAUUGGAACUUUUAAAUUUAAAGGCUAACAUUGAAAAUCAAUUGAAAUUCGAAGACGAAUUUAAUAGAGACUCUGAAUUUAAAGAUAAAGUUUUGAAGUACACGUGCGUUCUAAAGCAAGCUGAAAAAGAAUAUAAUAAGGCGUGCGAACAAGAACGAGAUAUGAAAAUUGCUCUCGAUCAAGAAGAAAUAAAAAUUUCGCACCUAAAAGUAAAGCACACUGAAUUAAAAAAGGCUUUACAAAAGGCCAAAGAUGAAUGUAUUCAAUAUAAAGCACAAAUUAAUAUAAUAACUGAAACAUAUUUAGAAAAGAAAAAAAUUUACUUGAAGAUAGAGCAAAGCAUAGCCAACAAAAAAAAUGAUUGUUUAACAAUAAUAAAGGAGUGCAAGGUGGAAAAUAUUAAUAUUCCUAUAUUGUCGGACUCGCAAGAUGAUUUGAGCACGCCUAGUUCUUAUUUAAGCACAGAGUCAACUUUGCACGAAAAACAAAUAAAUAUUGAUUUUUCAAAAAUUUCGAAAGAUUUUCGAAAUUAUAAUCAGAUUGAUUUAGAUCAUUUAGAAAAAAUUAUUCAAAACUGUGAAAGAAAUGUUACAGAACUGCAGAAAAAAUUGCAGACUUUGAAAAAACCGAAUUUAAAGGCUCACGAGAAAGUUGACUUAAUAGUACAGCAGUUGAAAGAUAUAGCAGAGAAAAAUAAAAAUUUAAGCACAGCAUUUAAAAAUAUAGAGACACAAUUUAAACUGAUUAAAGGAAAAAGACAUGAACAGUUUUCUGGUUGUUUAGAAUGCAUUAAUGCAGAAAUAGAUUCUAUAUACAAAAAUUUGGUUAAUGAUCCGUCGGCUCAAGCAUUAGUUAUAACGGAAAAUCCUGAAGAACCAUACAUGGGUGGUAUAAUUUACAGUUGCUUACCUCCAUCGAAACGAUUUGCACAAAUACAAUAUUUAUCAGAUGGAGAGAAAUCGCUUGCGACCUUGGCACUAUUGUUCGCAAUGUUGCGUUACAAAUCACCACCAUUUUUCAUUAUGGAUGAAGGUGACGCAGCGUUAGACCGCGUAAAUGUUGAGAAACUUGUUUGUUUCGUUGGAACUGAAAAGAAUAAGAUACCAUUCAUCAUGGUAACUUUAAAUGAUAACAUUUCUUCUUCGGCUGACGUAGCUAUAGGAGUUACAACAAAUCCUAAUACGGAAUGUUCCCAGAGCAGGGUAUUUGCUGUGCCGUUACAAUAAAUACAAGAAAAUUUUUAUCAUAAAUAUAUAUCGGAGACCUAA